AUUGUUUCAAUAGAAGUGAAGUCUUGAAGUGUCUUGACAAUCAAACGAGUGAUUAGGUUAUGUUAGAAAAUUUAAUAUAUUUAGAAGAAUGUUAUGAACUUACACUAAAACAAUUAUAGUAUUGGUGUUCUUAUUUGUUUAGUACAAUGGCUAUGAUUAGAGCCGGCUUACAACGUCUUUCUAAUGUAUUCAACGGCCAAGGUGGUAUUAUUUCAAGAUUAAUUACUCAAAACGCACCAACGAAAAACGUUACUGCCACUGAUACAACAAAAGAUGUGAUCGCAACAUGCAAUAAACUAAUUGAAGAAAGAACUUCUCGUAACUUCGCGAUAGUACACUUAUUGGGUAAACAAUGGCGGGUUACGGAUGGUGAUCUCCUAGUCGUCGAAGGUUACUGGCCACCCAAUAUAGGAGAUAAAAUAACAUUAGAUAAGGUUUUAUUAGCAGCAACAAAGGAUUUCUCACUUAUCGGCAGACCACUGGUGCAACCUGGUCUGGUAACAGUCACAGCUACAGUAAUAUCUAAAGGCCUGUCACACACAAGGACACAUUUCAAAAAGAAGAGAAGGAAGCAAUUUAUGAGAAUUAAUUUUCAAAGAGCACAGCAAACUAUGUUAAGAAUAAACACAGUAGAAAUAGCUAAUAAAAUUAAUGAAGCUCCUAAGAAUAUUUUCUAGACAACUUAUGAAUCUAGUAGUUUCAAUAAAUCAUUGAAUGUAUAACAAAUU